AGUCAUCUUGCAACUGUCAAAGACAUAAACUGCUACGCACGAUGGUUAGUGUCGACGUUAGCGUGGGUAAUCUAAGCAACAAAAUCUACAAGCAAUGUAUUGCAGCGGCAGGAGCGCUCUUAAUAAUGCUUCAAACCGGAAUAAUGAGCGGCUGGACAUCACCCAACAUCGCUCGCUUGACAGCCGAUAACGCAACAAUUCCAUUGACACUAACAGAAGCAUCAUGGGUAGCAUCCUGUUUAAAUCUCGGUAGAUUCGCUUCAGCAGUCAUUGUGCCAAUCUUCAUUGAACUAAUCGGCAGCAAAACCACAGUUCUCGUGUCGUUCAUUCCAGUAAGCAUCUCAUGGUUACUAAUGAUCUUCGUCAAUUCACCUGCAUGGUUAUACAUCGCAAGAUUUUUCGGUGGUAUAAGCUUCGGCAUGGCAUACGGAUGCUUUUCACUGUUUCUUGGCGAAGUGUCGAUGCCAGCAUAUCGUGGGACUUUUAUUACGAUUGCCAUGUGUGGUGCACCUUUGGGUACUGUAUUUGCAACUAUUGGAGAAACUUAUCUGCCUAUGAUGACGUCGAGUGCGAUUUAUCUGGUGCAAUGUUUGGCCGGUAUUAUUUUGUUCUUAUGGUUACCGGAUUCGGCGCAUCACCUCGUAAAGAUGAAACAGAUUGACAAGGCGAGAGAGUCGAUUUGUUGGUAUCGAGGUAAUAACGAGUUAGAUAAAGAAUUGAAUCAGAUAACAAGUUUCGUUGAAACUUAUGCAAAUGAGACUUUGUCGGAGAAAAUGUCACAAUUGAAAUCAGCACCAAUUAGAAAAGCUCUUCUACUCGCCGUUGUACUGUUCAUAUUUCCACAGAUGUGUGGGCUUUUCAACAUAAUGUUCUACAUGGAGAUCAUCCUACAAAAUGGAAAAUCUUUCUUAAUUAAUCCUCAAGAAUUUGUCAUCUAUGCGAACACAGUGGCAGUAUUUUCUACUUUCAUCGCGAUCAAGCUUAUCGAUUAUUCCGGUCGCAGGUUGCUAUUAUUUUCGUCGAGUGUUAUUGUUGCUAUCGCAAUGACUAGUCUUGGCACGCAUUUUUACCUUCUCGACUUGGGCUAUGAUUCGUCAGCUUUACAAUGGCUGCCAAUCGCGUCGAUUCUACUAUUCAUGAUUGGAUUCACAAUCGGAUUUAUGAUCGUCCCGGCCACUGUUUUCAGUGAAAUUUUCCCAGCUGGAAUUAAAAGUACAGCAUCAAGUAUUUCGACCUUCACCUCGGCGCUCUUCGGUUUCGUCUCUGCUAAAUCUUAUCAGCCCAUGGUUGAUUCUUUCGGUGAGGCUUAUGUUUUUUGGAUUCAUGCGGUUUUCGCAAUACUCGCGGUACCUGUGACCAUGUUUAUGCUGCCAGAGACGAAAGGCAAAAAUUUCCAAGAAAUUCAGGAUUUAUUUCAUAAGAAAAAGACAAUUUAUGUAACUAAAAAAAAUAAACCUUAAUAAUGUGCGUUAUUGUCUGCCACUGUUAUUUAUUUUACAAAUAUGAUAUAAUUGUUUAUUCUAUAUUUAAUUAUAUUUAUUUCUUAUUCAUUCAAAUUAUUAUCUAUGAAUGCAAACGGGAAUGGUUUCCGAUACCCCUCCCUAGUAACCCACCAGCAAGUGAGGCAUCAUGUACGAAUUUUAAGAAUGUAAGGAUGCUAUAGCAGAAUGUAAAAUAGAAAAAUACAUGUUAAUAUUUAACUUUCCUUACUAAUUAUUCAAAAAAAUUUAUGCAUGAAAAAUUUUAAAUGACGUGAAUGAAAAAGAGUUCGAAGAGGUACUUUAUUUAACAUUGAAUUCUAAUUAUGAUAUUUAAAAUAGAAGUAUAGUUUGAUAAUUGAUUUGUGAAAAAUUGAUCCUAUAUACAUACGUGUAUCUUGUAUCUGCAUAACAUCAAAAAUAGCUUGUUAAAUUUGUUGAGCGUUGAAUAAGAAGCGUACGUAUUUUGUUAAAAUGUUUUAGCUAAUUGACGAACGAAAAAGUUGUUUGCAAUUUCGAAUAUUUUCACGGAGGCCUAGAAUAGUCAUCCGAAAUAAAUCCUUCAUUUUACGACAUUAUAUAAUUGUCAUAAAUCUAACAAAAGCAAAAUUUCUCAAUGUAUACGGUCUAUCCGCUCACUUGAGAAUUCCAAAGAAAGGUAGGCUUAAUAAUGAUGGAUAGAGACUUGAAUUUUCUUUUGUAGUAAGCCAUAGAAAUAUCUUAUUACUCCCGAGCUAUUAAGUAUGGAAAUAUUUGUAAGGUCACUGCAGGUAAUAAAACGUUGGCAAAGUGGCAAUCGCGCACAAAAUUAUUUACCCAUGAACUAUUGUGUACCGGAAAUAUGUCACAAUAUAUCUAUAUAUUAAUUUUCACGUAUGUUACAGUGCACAAUUGUUUAUGUAAAUAAUAGCCAUAUGCACAAUUACGAGCUUACUAAUAAUUUUUUUUUACUAAUAAAUACUCAAGUAAUAAACUUGUACAAAAUAGGUAUAUUAAAUGCAUAACGUAAUCCAUACAAAAUUCCUACGUGUUUAUUCCGAAAUUCACGUAUGAAAUACGUACGUAUAUAUACUUUAUACGUGUAAUGAAUUUUACAACUUACGAAUUAAUUUUCCAUCAAAUUAUUACAUUACCUGUAUAUAAAUAAUGCCAUUUGUCGGAUCUAUAGAUCUUUCAAUUGGAGGUUACUUAAUAUUUUUUGCAGAGAAAGCUAGGGGAAUACCACGCCCACCCGAGCGAUCAAUAAAGUGAAGGUACAUAGGCUAUAUGGCGAGUCGCUCAUGCGCUUUUCAUUUCCAUUUGAAUUUUGUAUCUGUG